UUCAGAGCACUUCACUAAAAACACGCUGCAGUUUACAGAAUGGAGUUUCAUAUAAAUCGUCGGUGUUUUUUGAGUCUAAUCACUUUUUGCACCCUCUUUGGACAAAAUGAAGGAAUUACACGAACUUUCUUUAUCGGGAUAAGGGAAGAGAAUUGGGAUUAUGCACCUGGAGGUUACAACCGCAUCACAGGGAAACCAGUUACUCAGGAUGAUCACGCAUCACUGUUCCUGCUUCAAGGUCCCCAUCGAAUUGGCCAUGUGUAUAAGAAAGCCAUAUACAGGCAGUACACAGAUGCGACAUAUUCACAGGAAAUCUUCAAACCAACUUGGCUGGGUUACCUGGGGCCUGUGAUUCAUGCUGAGGUUGGAGAUGACAUUGUGAUCCAUCUGAAGAACUUUGCCUACAGAAGAUAUUCACUUCACCCACAUGGAGUCCACUAUGAGAAAGACUCAGAGGGAGCGCUAUAUCCAGAUAAAAGCUCUAUAGCACAGAAGCAGGAUGAUGGUGUUCCUCCAGGUGGAAAUUAUACUUAUACAUGGAGAGUAAAGCCGGAGUUUGCUCCCACUCAGGGAGAUUCCAACUGUCUGACUUGGGCUUACCAUUCACAUGUGAUUGCCUACCAUGACAUCUCAUCUGGACUUAUAGGAGCUCUGCUGACUUGCAAGAAAGGGAUCCUGCAGCCUAUUCCAUCAGGGGAUAAUUACUCUCAGGUACGGAGGACAGAUGUUGAUAAAGACUUCCUCCUCUUAUUUAGUGUGGUGAAUGAAAACUUGAGCUGGUACCUAGAAGAAAACAUCAAAAUGUUCUGUUCGGAUCCUACUGGUGUUGACCCCUCUGAUCCAGACUUCCAGCAGUCUAACCAGAUGAAUGCAAUUAAUGGAUAUGUGUUUGGGAACCUUCCUGGGCUUGACCUGUGCCAGAACAAAAAAGUUUCAUGGCAUUUCAUUGGCAUGGGCAAUGAAGUAGAUAUCCACUCGGCAUAUUUUCAUGGGCAGACAUUACUGAUUGAUGGACAUCGUUUUGACACUGUCAGCCUGUUUCCUGCCACUUUCAUGACUGCAUUGAUGGAGCCCUUAACAAUAGGAAGAUGGAUGCUGAGCUGUCAGGUUAACAGCCAUAUACAAGAUGGUAUGCAGGCACUGUUCAAUGUUUCUCAAUGUGCUGGGGAGACAAACUCCUCUGUCACUCCUCUGAAUGGGACAGUGAGGAAAUACUUCAUUGCUGCUGAGCUGGUUCGAUGGAACUAUGCCCCAUCAGGAACAGACAGUUUCACUAAUGUUUCACUGAAUGAAAGUGGAAGCAAUUCAGAGCUGUAUUUUGGUACGGAUAAUGGUCGUCUUGGUGGAGAGUAUACAAAAGUGGUAUAUAGAGCAUACACCGAUGAAACAUUUACAGAAAACAUCAGCAAGGAUGCGUACCUAGGCAUACUAGGUCCUGUACUAAGAGCUGAAGUUGGGGAUACUUUACAGGUCACAUUUUUGAACAAGGCUGAUAGAAAUUACAGCAUUCAGUCCCAUGGUCUUCAAUACGCAAAGUUAGAUGAGGGAGCUCAAUAUGAAGAUGAUACAGAAAAAAAAGGAUCUAAUGUACAGCCAGGAGAUUCCUUCAACUACACAUGGUAUGUGAGAGAAGGGCCCUCUGACAGUGACCAGGCCUGCAUCUCUUACCUUUACUUUUCUUCCCAUGACCCCAUCAGAGAUACCAACUCUGGCCUCUUUGGACCUCUACUUGUGUGUAAGAGAGGUUCACUGACCCCCAAUAAUACCCAGAAAGAUGUGGACAAAGAGUUCUUCCUACUUUUCACUGUGAUGGAUGAAAACGUAAGCUGGUAUCUGAAGAAGAAUAUUCUGAUAUAUGGUACAAAUGAAUCAGACCCAGAGAAUGAAGGAUUUCAGGAGAGCAACAUGAUGCAUGCAGUGAAUGGCUACAUGUACGGGAACCUACCAGGGCUGGAGGUAUGUGAUGGCGACCGAGUCAGAUGGCACGUCCUAGGCCUUGGCACAGAUGUGGACAUGCAUGGGGUGUACUUCCAGGGAAACACCUUCCGCAGAGACGGCAUCACCCGUGACACCCUUGCUGUGUUCCCACAGACUGCUGUUAAUGUUUUCAUGCAACCAGAUACAACCGGACUUUUUGAGGUGAGCUGCAAAGUGACUGACCAUUACAUGGGAGGGAUGAAGCAGCAGUACAGAGUGAAGAACUGUAGGCAGAGAUCAUCUGCUCCUGCUUCUGCUCCCACAGCACACUACUACAUCUCUGCAGAAGAGCUAGAGUGGGACUACUCACCAAAUCGCUCAUGGGAGCUCGAGUACUUCAACACCACAGAGGAGGACAGCCCAGGCAGUAUAUUUGUGGGGACUGGUGAGAACAGGCUUGGAUCAAAAUAUAAAAAAGUGAUUUAUAGAGAGUACACUAAUGCCACCUUCAGGACCAUGAAGCAAAGGUCAUCUUCAGAGAAGCAUCUGGAAAUACUGGGUCCAAUCAUCAGGGCAGAGGUCGGUGAAGUAGUUCAUAUUACAUUCCUUAAUAAAGCUACUCAUCCAUACUCGAUCCAGCCUCAUGGAGUGAAGACCUCACCUCAGAAUCCAGCACCUGUUUUGCCUGGAAACAUGAGUAUGUACCAGUGGAUUGUUCCAGAGAGUUCUGGGCCAGGAGUCUCUGAUCCAAACUGCAUCACAUUUGCUUACUACUCUACUGUGGACUUCAUUAAGGACACAGUCAGUGGGCUAGUUGGACCCCUGGUGAUCUGCAGGAAAGGGACACUAAACCAAAACAGACAAAGACUGGAUGUGGAUAGAGAAAUUGCACUUCUUUUCUUUAUCUUUGAUGAGAAUAUGUCAUGGUACCUGGAGCAAAACAUCCAAACCUAUUACAACAGCUCAAAGCCUCUGAUCAGAAAUGAUGAUUUUGUGGAGAGUAACAAAAUGCAUGGAAUUAAUGGCAAGCUGUAUGGAAACCUUCAGGGAGUGGAAAUGUGGCAAGGGGAGAGAGUAAACUGGUAUCUCCUUGGGUUGGGUGGUCAAGUUGAUCUGCACACAGUGCAUUUACAUGGUCAGACCUUCAUCUACAAGACAGACCUGCCCCACCGGGACGAUGUUUUUGACUUGAUUCCAGGCACAUUUCAGACACUGGAGUUAGUGGCAUACACUAAGGGAACAUGGCUGCUGCACUGCCAUGUGGAUGACCACAUCCGAGCAGGCAUGGAAACCACCUACAGCAUCAAGAGUUCAGGUGCCAGUGCUGUGACUCAACAUCUGGGUAUAGUCUCCAUCCUGGCUUUUAUUUCUGCCCUCGGACUAAAGUAAAAUUAGCUGAAGUAUAGAUUUUAUAGACCUUAUAGAUACUGUAUAGGUUUAAUUAA